AUGUAAGGGGAUUUUUCUUAUUGGGGGGGUUGUUAAAAAAUAAAUAUAAGAGCGGCCAUCUUUGUUUCCCUGCCUUGUAGUGUAAAAUAUUCCAAAACGGCCCCCACUUUUUUUCUGGUGUCGAUUUGAAUAUUAAAUAAAUAUCAUAAUUCCGGAAGGUUUCUGAUUUCGAGGAAGGAGCCGAUGACAGGAAUAUAAUGUCCUCUCCUCUCCGGUCCUGUGAGGAAGACCAGGGCAUGUUGGUUAAUUCCGAAGGAGUAGAUUUUGAUGAAGAAGACGAGGACGACGGAGAUCUAGACGAGAACGCAAGCGACAUAAACUCGCCGGCGGCGCCUCGAGAAACUGCAACACUAGCCGCGCCAGUAGAGGAAGAAAGGGAAGCAUCAGACAGGGCCAGUCUAGGGAGGAAGAAACGAGGGCCCAAGAAGAAGGAGACAAAGAAGAAGGAGAAAGAGAAAGAGGGAAAACCGGUUAAAGCCAAAAAACGGAAAAAGAUUGAAAGUGAUGUAGAGAGAGACUCGGAGCGAGAGAGAGAUUAUGGUGAGAACUCCGACAGCGCUGCGAGUGACUUCUCUGGCGAGAAGAAGAAGAAGAAGAAGAAACACAAGGAAAAGAAGGAGAAGAAAACCAAGAAGAAGAAAAAAGAUGAUGGGGACAGCACGCACGAGGAGACAACAAAGCCAAUAGAACAGAAGACGUCGGCCCAGCUGGCUAUGGACUGGGGUCUGGAGGAUGUGGAUCAUACAUUCACUGAAGACGAUUACCGCACACUCACCAACUACAAAGCCUUCAGCCAGUCCAUGAGGCCCAUGAUCGCCAAGAAGAACCCUAAGAUCCCCAUGUCUAAGAUGAUGACCAUCCUGGGGGUCAAGUGGAGGGAGUUCAGCUCUAACAACCCCUUCAAGGGCUCCGGUGCUGCAGCCGUGGCAGCUGCAGCCGCCGCCGCCGCCAUUGCCGUCGCUGAGCAGGUCUCCGCGGCAACCCCAUCCCCGGAGCCACCUCCACCCAGGAAGCAGCCCCAACCCCCACGGCCGCCCCCCCUGCCGCCACCCCCGCCUCCCCCGCUCCGCAAGGCCAAGACCAAAGAGGGCAAAGGCCCUGGGUAUAAGAAGAGUCGCAGUAAGAGUCCUCGUGUUCUGGCUGAGAGGAAGAAGGCGGUGGCAGCAGCAGUAGCGGCUUCAGUAGCUAAAGCCAAGAAGAUGUCCCCCAUACGCAUAAAACUGGGGGCCUUAGGCAACAAGAGAAAGAAGAGCAGCUCUAGUGGUGAUGAUGUUGAUGAGGAGGACUCGCUGCAAGAGGACUCCAGUGUCCACAGCUCCUCGGUCCGCUCCGACAGCUCCUCCCAGGUCAAGAAGAACAAGAGAGGACGUCCGGCCAAGAAGAAUAAGAAAAUGCUGGAUGAGGGUGAGGUGGAGGGGGAUGGUUAUGAGACAGACCACCAGGACUACUGUGAGGUGUGCCAGCAGGGAGGGGAGAUCAUUCUGUGUGACACCUGUCCUCGGGCCUACCACCUGGUCUGUCUGGAGCCUGAGCUGGAGAAGGCCCCUGAGGGCAAGUGGAGUUGCCCACACUGUGAGAAAGAGGGGAUCCAGUGGGAAGCGAAGGAUGAGGACUUUGAGGAGUUUGAGGAGGAGAGUGAGGACAUGGUGGUACCAGAGGUACCUGGUGUUGGACUGCUGGUAGGACUGGAGGAAGAGGAGGAUGACCACAUUGAGUUCUGCAGGGUCUGUAAAGAUGGGGGGGAACUAUUAUGCUGUGACACAUGCACUUCCUCCUACCACAUCCACUGUCUCAACCCGCCCCUGCCUGAGAUCCCCAACGGAGAGUGGCUGUGUCCACGCUGCACUUGUCCUGCUAUCAAGGGCAGGGUGCAGAGGAUCCUCCACUGGCGAUGGGGCGAGCCCCCCGAUCCUGUACCCAUGCCUCCCGCCCCCGAUACCCCUCCUGAUGCUCCUCCGCCACCCCCCAUGAAGGGCAGGGCUGAGAGGGAGUUCUUUGUCAAGCUGACUGGACAGUCCUACUGGCACUGUACCUGGAUCACUGAACUGCAGCUGGAGAUCUUCCACUCGGUGAUGUUCCGUAACUACCAGAGGAAGACAGAUAUGGACGAGCCUCCCAGUCUGGACUAUGGGUCGGGGGGAGAGGAGGAGAGUGUUAAGAGUGAGAAGAGGAGGCUGAAAGACCCCGACUAUGCUGCCCUGGAUGACAAGUUCUAUAAAUAUGGCAUCAAGCCUGAAUGGAUGAUGGUCCACCGCAUCAUCAACCACAGUAUGGACAAGAAAGGGAUAUACCACUACCUGGUCAAGUGGAGAGACCUGACCUACGACCAGUGCACAUGGGAGAGAGACGACCUGGAGAUGCCAGAGUUUGUCAUUCACAAGGCCAACUACUGGGCACACAGGGAUGAGGUGAUGAAGGAGGCCCCAGACAUGCCGAGGAGGAUGAGGAGGAUGAGGAUGGAAGAGAGUGAAGACCCCCACAGAUCACCUGUCAACGACCCUACGAUAAAGUACGAGGAGCAGCCAGACUUUGUGACGGCGACGGGGGGCACUCUGCACCUCUACCAGCUGGAGGGACUCAACUGGCUGCGUUUUUCCUGGGCACAGGGCACUGACACCAUCCUGGCAGACGAGAUGGGGCUGGGCAAGACUAUCCAGACCAUCGUCUUCCUCUACUCACUCUUCAAAGAGGGCCACACUAGGGGCCCGUUCCUGGUGAGUGCCCCCCUCUCCACCAUCAUUAACUGGGAGAGAGAGUUUGAGAUGUGGGCCCCUGACUUCUACGUGGUGACCUACACAGGGGACAAGGACAGCAGAGCCAUCAUCAGAGAGAACGAGCUGACCUUCGACGACACGGCCGUACGGGGAGGGAGGAAAACCUUCAAACUGAGGAGAGAAGCCCCUAUAAAGUUCCAUGUCCUGUUGACGUCCUAUGAGCUGGUGACGAUAGACCAGACCUCCCUGAAGUCUAUAGACUGGGCCUGUCUAGUGGUGGACGAAGCCCACCGCCUCAAGAACAACCAGAGCAAGUUCUUCAGACGUCUGAAUGACUAUACGAUUGACCACAAGCUGCUGCUGACUGGUACUCCUCUACAGAACAACCUGGAGGAGCUGUUUCACCUGCUUAAUUUCCUCACUCCCAACCGUUUCAAUAAUCUGGAGGGGUUCCUGGAGGAGUUUGCAGACAUUUCCAAGGAGGACCAGAUCCAGAAGCUCCAUGACCUGCUGGGUCCCCACAUGUUGAGGAGGCUGAAGGCUGACGUCUUCAAGAACAUGCCGUCCAAGACUGAGCUCAUCGUACGAGUGGAACUAAGCCCCAUGCAGAAGAAAUACUACAAGUUGAUUCUGACGAGGAACUUUGAGGCUCUGAACUCUAAAGGAGGAGGUAACCAGGUGUCUCUACUCAACAUCAUGAUGGACCUGAAGAAGUGUGCCAACCACCCCUAUCUCUUCCCCGUCGCCUCCAUGGAAGCCCGCAAGACGGCGAGUGGAGCGUAUGAGGGCAUGGACCUCACAAAGGCUUCUGGGAAACUGACUCUGUUGCAGAAGAUGAUGAGGAAACUGAAGGACCAGGGACACCGGGUGCUAGUCUUCUCACAGAUGACUAAGAUGUUGGACCUGUUGGAGGACUUCUUGGACUUUGAGGGUUAUAAGUACGAGAGGAUCGACGGAGGAGUCACAGGAGCUCUGAGACAGGAGGCCAUAGACAGAUUCAAUGCUCCUGGUGCUCCUCAAUUCUGUUUCCUGCUGUCCACCAGGGCAGGGGGUCUGGGUAUUAACCUGGCCACAGCAGACACUGUUGUCAUCUUCGACUCAGACUGGAACCCCCACAAUGACAUCCAGGCAUUCAGUCGCGCCCACCGCAUCGGGCAGGCCAACAAGGUGAUGAUCUACCGUUUUGUGACCCGUGCCAGUGUGGAGGAGCGCAUCACCCAGGUGGCAAAGAGGAAGAUGAUGCUGACCCACCUGGUGGUGAGGCCCGGCCUGGGCUCCAAGGCUGGAUCCAUGUCCAAACAGGAACUGGACGACAUCCUCAAGUUCGGCACCGAGGAACUCUUCAAGGAUGAGAUCGAAUUCCUCUCACCACCACGUAUGUCCCCUCUCUCUCCUAUACGCUGUCCAGCGGGGGACAACAGGGAUGAUGAGGGCAGUGUGAUCCACUAUGACAGCUCAGCCAUCGAGAGACUGCUGGACCGGAGCCAGGACGCUACAGACGACACAGACAUGCAGAACAUGAACGAAUACCUCAGCUCCUUCAAAGUGGCCCGCUACAUGGUUCGAGAGGAGGAUAAGAUUGAGGAGGUGGAGCGUGAGAUCAUUAAGCAGGAAGAGUGUGUGGACCCAGAAUACUGGGAGAAGCUGCUGAGACAUCACUAUGAGCAACAACAGGAGGACCUGGCUAGUAAACUGGGCAAGGGCAAGAGGAACCGCAAGCCUGUCAACUACAACGACGCAGCACAGGAGGACCAAGAGUGGCAUGCUGGUAUUUCAGAUAACCAGUCCGAGUACUCUGUGGGCUCUGAGGAGGAGGAUGAAGACUUCGAUGAGAGGCCAGAAGGUUCUCGCCGACAGUCCCGUCGCCAGAUGAGGAACGAGAGAGACAAGCCACUUCCCCCCCUGUUGGCCAGAGUAGGGGGAAACUUGGAGGUAUUGGGCUUCAACACGCGCCAGAGGAAGGCCUUCCUAAACGCGGUGAUGCGUUGGGGCAUGCCCGCACAGGACGCCUUCUCCUGCCAGUGGCUGGUCAGAGACCUGAGGGGCAAGAGCGAGAAGGAGUUCAAGGCGUAUGUCUCCCUGUUCAUGCGUCACCUGUGUGAGCCCGUGGCCGACGGUGCCGAGACGUUUGCCGACGGCGUGCCGAGGGAGGGCCUGUGUCGGCAGCCUGUGCUCACCCGCAUCGGGGUCAUGUCCCUGGUCAAGAAGAAGAUCCAGGAGUUUGAGCACAUCAAUGGGCGGUGGAGUCUUCCAGAACUGAAGCCAGAGAUGAAGCCAGAGGCCCUGAGACCAGAGGUCAGUGUGUCUUCUUCCUCCAGAGCCUCCUCCCCUGGAGGGACCAUGAAGACCGCUACGCCCACCCCUGACCCCAGCUGUACCUCAGACAACACCCCCUGCACCUCAAAACCAGCUACCCCUGCUCCGUCGGACAAACUAGAGAAGAACGGGAAAGAUGGAGAGAAGGAAGAGGAAGAUGAGGAGGGUAAGGCCUCAUCUGAGCCAGAGCAAGAUGGCGAGAAGGAGAAGAACGAGGGGAAGGAGGAAGAGAGCAACAAGAGUGCAGACCCUGAAGAGACUCUAAUCUCUACCAAAGAAGCACUACAAGAAUUAUCCCCUUGCACAACAACAGACAAGGAGGAGAAGGGUACAAAAGAGGAGAAGGAGGGGAAAGAAACCAAAACGACUGACACCCUUCCGGCCCUAGUGGAGGAGAAGAAAGUUGAGGAGGAGAGUAAGGAGGAGGGGUCCUUCGGAGAAACAACUAAGCAAGGGUCGGAGGUCAAACAUGAGAAACCAGGUAGUGUAACGCUCUCACCUGGAGAGAAGGUGGAGGAGGAGAAAGAGAAAGAGAAGGACAACAACAAGGAAAAGGACAUGGAGAAGAGUGAGGAGGCCCCUGUCCCCACAGAAGGGCCAGACAACAUGGAAAGGAUGGAGCGACACCAACCCUCUGACGUGAUGAAAGAGGAAGUAAAAGGUGAAAAGGAUGCUGGGAAAGAAGUGGCGAAGGAGGAGGUUGCCAAAGAUGCCUUGCCAAAACCCCCCAUCACCCCCCCCGAGCGACGGCGCUUCAUGUUCAACAUCGCUGAUGGGGGCUUCACGGAGCUGCAUACGCUGUGGCAGAACGAGGAGCGGGCCGCCAUCUCCUCCGGGAAGAUGAAUGAGAUCUGGCACCGGCGACACGACUUCUGGCUGCUGGCGGGAAUUGUACUUCAUGGGUACGCGAGGUGGCAGGACAUCCAGAACGAUCCCCAGUUUGCUAUCGUCAACGAGCCCUUCAAGUCGCAGGCCAACAAGGGCAACUUCCUGGAGAUGAAGAACAAGUUCCUGGCCCGCCGCUUCAAGUUAUUAGAGCAGGCCCUGGUGAUAGAGGAACAACUGAGGCGGGCAGCCUACCUGAAUAUGACCCAGGACCCGGUCCACCCCGCCAUGGCGUUGAACGCCCGUUAUGCCGAGGUGGAGUGUCUGGCCGAGUCCCACCAACACCUCAGCAAGGAGUCCCUGGCCGGGAACAAACCGGCCAAUGCCGUGCUGCAUAAAGUGCUGAACCAGUUGGAGGAGCUGCUGAGCGACAUGAAGGCUGACGUGACACGGCUCCCCGCCACGCUGUCCCGGGUCCCGCCCAUCGCAGCACGUCUGCAGAUGUCAGAGAGGAGCAUCCUCAGCAGGCUUGCCAGCAAGGGCACUGACACACACCCGCCCCCGACCAUCCCUCCAGGACCCUACGCCACUCCUCAGAACUUUGGGCCCCCCUUCACCCCCACCCCCCUGGGAGUCUUACCCAUGGGAGGAGCCAACUACAGCCAGAUGCCUCCUGGAUCCUUCGUAUCAGUUAGCAUGUUGGAUGGAGGUGAAGGGCCAGUAGCAGCAGACUUUAUCUACCUCAGUGUAACAGAUGCUAGUCGGCUCCAAGACACACGUGUUGGCUUGAGGCUACGGAUCUACUUGGCAAGGUGGAAGCUUAAACGCGGUCCUUCCUCUGGAUUUGUGGUGUUCCACUACCUAUUGGUGUAGUGUGUAUGUGUGUGUUUAGCAACUGUAUUUGUAAGUGUAUGCCAGCCCCAUAUUCCUCAAGCAGACCCCCAUUAAAUAUUGACGAUAUAAGCUGUUUUUAUGUUUGGUUUUGUUUUAUUAUUCUUAACAUUACAUAUACAGUUGAAGUCGUAAGUUUACAUACACUUAGGUUGGAGUCAUUAAAACUCAUUUUACAACCACUCCACAAAUUUCUCGUCAACAAACUAUAGUUUUGGCAAGUCGGUUAGGACAUCUACUGUGUGCAUGACACAAGUCAUUUUUUCAACAAUUGUUUACAGAUAGAUUAUUUCACUUAUAAUUCACUGUAUCACAGUUCCAGUGGGUCAGAAGUUUACAUACACUAAGCUGACUGUGCCUUUAAACAGCUUGGAAAAUUCCAGAAAAUGACGUCAUGGCUUUAGAAGCUUCUGUUAGGCUAAUUGACAUUGUUUGAGUCAAUUGGAGGUGUACCUGUGGAUGUAUUUCAAGGACUACCUUCAAACUCAGUGCCUCUUUGCUUGACAUCAUGGGAAAAUCAAAAGAAAAUCAGCCAAGAACUCAGAAAAAAUAUUGGAAUCCUCCACAAGUCUGGUUCAUCCUUGGGAGCAAUUUCCAAAUGCCUGAAGGUACCAUGUUCAUCUGUACAAGCAAUAGUACACAAGUAUAAACAUCAUGGGACCACGCAGUUGUCAUACCGCUCAGGAAGGAGACGCGUUCUGUCUCUUUGGUGCCAAAAGUGUAAAUCAAUCCCAGAACAACAGCAAAGGACCUUGUGAAGAUGCUGGAGGAAACGGGUACAAAAGUAUCUAUAUCCACAAUAAAACAAGUCCUAUAUCGACAUAACCUGAAAGGCCGCUCAGCAAGGAGGAAGCCACUGCUCCAAAACCGCCAUAAAAAAGCCAGACUACGGUUUGCAACUACACAUGGGGACAAAGAUCGUACUUUUAGGAGAAAUGUCCUCUGGUCUGAUGAAACAAAAAUAGAAUUGUUUGGGCCAUAAUGAUCAUCGUUAUGUUUGGAGGAAAAAGGGGAGGCUUGAAUGCCAAAGAACACCAUCCCAACCGUGAAGCACGGGGGUGGCAGCAUCAUGUUGUGGGGGUGCUUUGCUGCAGGAGGAACUGGUGCACUUCACAAAAUAGAUGACAUCAUGAGGACUGGAAAUUAUGUGGAUAUAUUGAAGCAACAUCUCAAGACAUCAGUCAGGAAGUUAAAGCUUGGUCGCAAAUGGGUCUUCCAAAUGGACAAUGACCGCAAGCAUACGUCCAAAGUUGUGGCAAAAUGGCUUGAGGAUAACAAAGUCAAGGUAUUGGUGUGGCCAUCAUAAAGCCCUGACCUCAAUCCUAUAGAACAUGUGUGGGCAGAACUGAAAAAGCGUGUACGGGCAAGGAGGCCUACAAACCUGACUCAGUUACUCAGCUCUGUCAGGAGGAAUGGGCCAAAAUUCACCCAACUUAUUGUGGGAAGCUGGUGGAAGGCUCCCCGAAACGUUUGACCCAAGUUAAACAAUUUAAAGGCAAUGCUACCAAAUACUAAUUGAGUGUAUGUAAACUUCAGAACCACUGGGAAUGUGAUGAAAGAAAUAAAAGCUGAAAUAAAUCAUUCUCUCCACUAUUAUUCUGACAUUUCACGUUCUUAAAAUAAAGUGGUGAUCCAAUCUGACCUAAAACAGGGAAUUUUUACUAGGAUUAAAUGUCAGGAAUUGUGCAAAACGGAGUUGAAAUGUAUUUGGCUGAAGUGUAUGUAAACUUCCGACUUCAGCUGUAGUUUGAUAUUCUGAAUGUAUAUGCCAGCUCGCUCAUUAAAAAGGUUGUCAUACGUGCUCAGAAGCAAAUGGUGUGUAAUCAUUCUGUUCAUCAGUGUAGUACGUGCUGUCUCUCUCUUUUUCUCCCCCUCUCUCUUUCCCUCUCUUUUUCUCCCCCUCUCUCUCUCACUCCCUUUUUCUCCCCCUCUCUCUCCCUCUUUUUCUCCCCUCUCUCUCUCCCUCCCUUUUUCUCCCCUCUCUCUCCCUCUUUUUCUCCCCCUCUCUCUCCCUCUCUUUUUCUCCCCCUCUCUCUCUCUCCCUCUCUUUUUUUCUCCCCCUCUCUCGACCCUCUCUUUUUCUCCCCCUCUCUCUCUCUCCCCUCCCUUUUUCUCCCCCUCUCUCUCCCUCUCUUUUUCUCCCCCUCUCUCUCCCUCUCUUCCCCCCCUCUCUCUCCCUCUCUCUCACUCCCUCUAUCUUGAUUUGUUUUCUCUUUCCCACGUUCCUGAUGCUGACAGUUCAGGGUAAGGAUUAAGAGAGUGAUAGCGUGUGACAUUGUGAUGAUUCUUGUGGAGGACGGGGCUUUGAUUCAGCACCACAUGCCUUGACCUCUGUUCAUCAUGGAAUGGAGAAACAUUUUAAAUCGGACAUCAAACAAGGUGCAGGGUUUGAUGUGUGUGUGUGUGUUUGUGCGUGCGUGUUUGUCCAAAUAUUUCUGAAUAUACCGUAUGCAUGUACACUGAGUUUACAAAUCAUUAGGAACACCUUCCUAAUAUUGAGUUGCACCCCUUUUGCCUCCAGAACACCCUUAAUUGAUCGGGGCAUGGACUCUACAAGGUGUCGAAAGUGUUCCACAGGGAUGCUGGUCCAUGUUGACUCCAAUGCUUCCCACAGUUGUGUCAAGUUGGCUGGUGGACCAUUCUUGAUACACACGGGAAGCUGUUGCAGUUUGAUUCAGCACAACCUUAACCUCUGUUAAUCAUGGAAUGGAGAAACAUUUUAAGUCGGACAUCAAACACUCAAACCGGUGCGCCUGGCACCUCCUACCAUGCCCCGUUCAAAGACACUUAACUCUUUUGUCUUCUCCAUUCACCCAUUCACCCUGAAUGGCACAUAUACACAAACCAUGUCUCAAUUGUCUCAAGGCUUAAAAAUCCUUCUUUAACCUGUCUCCUCCCCUUCAUCUACACUGAUUGAAGUGGAUGUUAAGUCCCCCAAAAAUAAAGUGACAUCAAAUACGGGAUCAUAGCUUUCACCUGGACUCACCUGGUCAGUCUGUCAUGGAAAGAGCAGGUGUUCCUAAUGUUUUGUACACUCAGUUUAUAUGCUGUGUGUGCUUGUGUGUGUGUGCUCAUGUGUGUGUUCU